AGCAAAUGAGAGCCCUCUCCAACGUGCAGAUCUCCACCACGCCGCUCGGAGCCUUCCCGGAGCUGGAGGAGCGGCUGCGCUUCAAACUGCAGGAUGCCGCGGACACGGUGCUGGAGAAACUCAACGAGAAGAUGUGUCGUCUGCAGUCUGCCAAAGAUGCCAUCAGUAACCAGUUGUGGUCCGUCCAGCAGCUGUACGAGCAGAACGAGGCCAGUCUGGACCUGCAGGUCGUCACCGAGCGCUCGUCCGUCACCCCGUCAGUCGCAGACAUGUUGGAGUGGCUUCAGGACGCCGAGCGCCACUACAGACAGCAAUUCCUGCAGAGGAAAGUUCUGCUUCAAAUGGUAGCGGUCAGACCCGACGACCUCGCUCUGCUGGAGUCCGUUCCCGGAAGGUGGAAGUCCCUGGCGUGUCCUGACGGCGAGCAGCGAGUUACAGAAACCCUUUGCAGAGUGUCCUUUUUCCUGGAGCUGCAGUGAAGGCGGAGGAGCAGAACUGGAACCAGAACCUUCUGAGGAGAAGUCAAGGAUGCAGACACACAGAGAGGAAGACGACGUUUUUCUGAAGACACUUCAUCA